CCCAGUAGAUGGCGGAAUUUGCAUCAAAGCUGGUUUGCCGACCGCCAUUAAACGUCAAAGAAGAAGAAGAUGUUAUUUGUGGAUUAACUCAAUUUAUUUGAGAAGCGAACCGUUUCAAACGAUUCCUUUCGAUUCGAUGAACUGGUUCAACCGACUCACUGAGAAGAACCGGUUCAAUCAAACGAUUCGUUCAUGAACCGGACACCAGCGUGCGCUUGCUGUGUCUUCUGAGCUGUAGAAUUGAAAAUGCAGAAGAGGACCCACACUGGAGGGAAACCUUACAUGUGUUCACACUGCGAUAGGAGAUUUGUUCAUAGAGCAACUCUGAAAACACAUGAGAGGACCCACACUGGAGAGAAACCAUACAUGUGUUCAUAUUGUGACAAGAGAUUAAUUUGUUCAGGACAACUGAAAACACAUGAGAGGACCCACACUGGAGAGAAACCAUACAAGUGUUCACACUGUGACAAGAGAUUCAUUCAGACAGCAACUCUGAAAACACAUGAGAGGACCCACACUGGAGAGAAACCAUACAAGUGUUCAUACUGUGACAAGACAUUCAUUUGUUUAGGACAACUGAAAACACAUGAGAGGACCCACACUGGAGAGAAACCAUACAAGUGUUCACACUGUGACAAGAGAUUUGUUCAGAGAGCAAAUCUGAAAACACAUGAGAGGACUCACACCGGAGAGAAACCUUACAAGUGUUCACACUGUGACAAGACAUUCAAUUGUUCAGGACAUCUGAAAACACACCAGAGGAUCCACACUGGAGAGAAACCAUACAAGUGUUCACACUGUGACAAGAGAUUCGUUCAGACAGCAAAUCUGAAAACACAUGAGAGGACUCACACCGGAGAGAAACCUUACAAGUGUUCACACUGUGACAAGAGAUACCGUUUAUCAGCACAUCUGAAAACGCAUGAGAGGACCCACACUGGAGAGAAACCAUUCACAUGUGAUCUGUGUGGGAAGAGUUUCACACAAUCAACAAACCAUAAGUUGCACAUGCACAUCCACACUGGAGAGAAACCGUUUACAUGUGAUCUGUGUGGGAAGAGUUUCAUAAUAAAACGCAGCCUUAAAGAGCACAUGAACAUCCACUCUGGGGAAAAACCGUACACAUGUGAUCAGUGUGGCAAAGGAUUUGUAAGGUCUUCGGACCUAAAGAUUCACCUGACACUUCAUACAAAGAAGAAACGUCUGUAUUCAUGUUCUUUGUGUGGAAAGAGUUUCCCACUGCUGAAAAGUUUAAAAACACAUCAGAAAAGACAUACUGCCAAGAAAGCUUAUAUGUGCUUUGAGUGUGAGAAGACUUUUUUUACAGAUGAGCAUUUGAAAAUGCACCAGAGAACUCACACUGGAGAGAAACCUUACAUGUGUUCACAUUGCGACAAGAGAUUCAGUUCUUCAUCAAAUCUGAAAAAACAUGAAAGGACUCAUACUGGAGAGAAACCAUACACAUGUGAUCAAUGUGGGAAGAGCUACACUGAAUCAUCUUCUCUACAGAGACAUAAAAAAUCAUCCACAGCCCGAAAUCAUAAUAUGUGUACAAGAAAGAAAAGUCCAAAGUUGUCACGGUGAAUAAAGUUCAAGACUUCAAGACUUUUCAAGAGAUUCAGAUCAACUCAUAGAUAGUUCCUUCCCAAAAGAACAUCAUCUAAUUGUUUUAUUCUUGUUUCUCAAUUUGCUUCAUAAUAUAAUCUCUCAUUAUGCUUUAUAAUUUCAAGUUAGAUUUUUUUUUUUUACUUUACGAAAAAGUGGACUUUUUAGUCGUUUGGACAACAAAGUGACCUGAAGAAGAGUCCAUCUUAGUUUUAGGAAAUACAUUGAUCUGGUGUUUGUGUUUAAUUGUUAAUCUUAUAAUCUUAUAAAUGCUCAACCAUUUGUGAUGCACUUGGUUUGGUUGUAAAUCAAUAAUUUUCUCACAAAUUUUCAAAUAAUCAUGUAUUAAAUAAUCAUGUAUUUUAUCAACGUUUAUUGACCAUUUUUAAUGUCUAAUGAUGCUACUUGCGACAAUAGUUUAAUCAGUAUUAUUAUUAAUUUUAAUAAUUUUGGGUUUAUCCGAAAGCCAUUACCUGAUACGAUUGCUUUUUAGACUUUUUUUAUGUUUUAAAUGUCUUGAUUGAUAAAACUUAUUGUGAUGGUGCAGAAAAGUUGUACAUUUACUUAUACAUUUCAAAUAUGCACAUGAGUAAUCAUAACGGAAGCUGAGAAAUUAAGUUUUAGUGAAUAUAAUCAAGACACUUGAAAAAUACUUUACGGUUACAUUUUAUACAUAUAUAUAAAACAAUGUAUUAUUUGAUCGAUUUCACCUCCUUGAGCCAUUAAUAUGUACCAUAAAUUACCAGUAAAACUGAUUUUAAAAAAUUGUUUGAAUUGCAGAAAAUGUAUUUGACACAUGAUUUUUUCCUGACACAGUUUAACUCUUAAGUUCUUGUCAUAUUUUAUUACAAUUUUCCUAGACUGUAGCGAGUAAACUGUGAUAAUGUGAGAAAUGCUAAAGGUGUCUGAAUAAAUUUAGGUUUGACUGUAUGUUGGCAUAUAACACUUUAACAUUUUAAUACAUUUUUAAAAAUGAUAUUAAAUGAAAAUGUAAGAACUUUUAUUUUUGGCAAAGUUCUGCACAACAGAAGUAU